AUGAAACUACUCAAGGUUUGGCCGGAGCUACACCAACAUGGGCGUCCGUUGUGCGUUAGAGCGGGAGGGCAUGAGGCGGGAGCGAGGCGAGCGAAGGGAGCAACAGUCUCGGCUCCCGAAGUUUUAUCUCAUUCUCCGCAAUAUUAUGUGUGGCGACAUGGCGCGGGGGCGAGGCGCGCGCGGGGCGGUGGAGGGGGCGCGGUGGGCGCACGUCCGUCCUCCCGCGCCGCCACCGCAUCAUCAGUCCGCGUCGGAGAGUUGCCCGCGACGCUUGUCUGCGAGCUCGAUCCCUCAGAUACGCUGCUGGUUUACGGCGUGCCGAUUUUUUUCGACGACGCGCCAAGUUCCGGAUCAGCUCAGUCGAUUACCGUGAUGAAAGUAGUGAGUUUACAAUUGCCGUCGGGGCCGAGUAUGGAGCGGUUACCGCUGCCAUUUAGUCCAACGGAACUGUUGUGGCGGUACCCUUUACCUUGGGCGCCACCGCCCCCAUCGCCUCUUGGCGACACAAAGGCGCAGCUACCGGCUAGCCUACCACCAGAACCACGAUUGUGGACAAGGGAAGACGUUGCAGUUUUCUUAAAAUGGUGCGAGAGGGAAUUCGACCUGCCAAACUUCGACAUGGAUCUCUUCCAAAUGAAUGGGAAGGCACUGUGCCUGCUCACAAAGACGGACUUGGGCGAGCGUUGCCCGGGGGCGGGCGAUGUUCUGCACAAUGUCCUCCAAAUGCUAGUGCGCGACGCCGCGCUGCUCGGGAGGGUGCCUUCUUCGCCGGUGACGCCGACGGCACGUGCGGCGCCCUAUCCCCCAUCGCCGCACUCGCACCCACCUACCCCCACGUGGGCCGUGGACGGCUUCCACCACUUCCAUAGUGCGGCGGCCGCCGCGGCCCAGCCCAACUCCGUCACGCUGAGCCCAGCGCCGUCGGUCGACAGCUCCGGGAGCCCCCAGAGGGGGGAGACUCUGGGCUACGCUUCAGCGUACGCGCCCCCCGUCCCAGUGUCGGUCCAAGCGGCGAGCUCCGGAAGCAACCAUUCAGACUCCGACGAGGAGAACCACUUCGUGCCGCCCCCACGCUCGCCGAAGGACACUCCCCUCGCGAGUCCAGCGCCACAGACCCACUCCGCUCCACAGCACACGCACUAUCGGGCGCAACACAGGGAAUUCUUCCCUAAUGAUAUGCCCGAAUCAAAUACAAAUGGUAGACUGCUGUGGGAUUUCUUGCAACAAUUGUUGAAUGAUCCGACACAGCGGUACACGAAUUACAUUGCGUGGAAGAACAGGGACACUGGAGUUUUUAAAAUUGUGGAUCCGGCUGGACUGGCCAAGUUAUGGGGAAUACAAAAGAAUCACCUGUCAAUGAACUAUGACAAAAUGUCGCGUGCGCUCAGAUACUACUACCGUGUCAACAUUUUACGGAAAGUUCAAGGGGAGCGUCAUUGUUACCAAUUUCUCCGGAAUCCUACGGAACUUAAGAACAUAAAGAACAUCUCUCUUCUGCGACAACAAAUGAGUCCAACAAGGGUGGCUCCUCAGCCGGUGGUGAAAACCGAAAUGAAAGAGGAGCGUUGCGAAGACGAGCACAUUGAGGAAGACAUGCCUACUGAUCUGAGUAUGGCCGCGUCGGAGCCGUGGAGGAAACGGGCGCGCACGGAAAAUGCGCAGUCCGCCCCCACUCACGACAAGCACCGGAUCAGUGCUCUAAUUGGCGACAGCAUGAUGUUGAAACGCGAAUCCGAAUACAACACUGAACAUUAUGCCCUCAAUUUAAAAAGUGAAAAGUGUGAACAA